AGGAGCAACACAAUAUCAUGAUAUAUUGUCAAGUUGCAGUAAUAUCGGACCAAUUGGGUUUUCAACAUCGGUUCGAGAUCUUUUUGCACAGUUGUAUUUUACCGGGAUAAAAACCUGUUGGACAAGAAUGCAAGCAUAAUACUGUUCACCAGUGUGUCGAGUUUAUGAUAAAACUGCCACCCUCCCGAGCGAAGUAAGUUCACUUUGGAAGAUCAUACAGAUAUAUAUUUAGUCAACUUAGCACGAACUAGAUUAAUUCAAAAGUAAUAAAAUGUUUUAACAAAUGACAAUUGAAUGUCUAUAACUUAAAAGAACUCUAAAGGUUACGUCUUAAAAAGGUAUGUUAAGUGAAAGAAUAUCUUUGUAUUUUACACAUAUUGGAAGUAAAAAGAAUGUAAUAUUCAUUACCUUAAUAAGUUUAUAGGAAACUAAAACCAAACUUGAAAAUUAAUUUCAAUGUAACAGGUCUUACUAAUGUUCCCACGAUUAAUGAUUUUGUUACCUAAUUUAAGGGUCUAAUGCAGCGUAUAAUUUGUGCGCAGUUAGAAUGUUAUAAAACGCUGCAAACGAAAUAGUGUUCACAGUUUUUUUCAAAAACGGUUCGAGAUGUCGAAGCUAAAUUUAUGUUUAGUUUUCAUAACUGUUGCUCUUUGCUUGCUUCAUUUGCCCUGUGACUCGGAACCUGUGUGUUCUCAGUUCGACUAUGAUAAGAAAUUAAUCGAAUAUAUGAUAGAAACGAGGCGUGAAGUGAAAGAGAUGGCGAAAGAUUUAAGAAGGACGGAGGAAUAUCUUCUGGCUGUCUUGGAACACCGUAAAGUUGAAAUGGAAAAAUUGUCAGAGGAUGUGAAGGACAAAUUGGAAAAUGACAUGCGGAAUAUCACAGAAGACGUAAACAGCCUUAAAGGAAAGACUGAAAAACUGGACAUUCCAACGGUAGCGUUCAGUGCCUUCAAACCAGCUGACAGAAACUUACAGACUAAUGAAGUCCUCAUUCUAAAGUCAGUUCUUGUCAAUGAAGGAAAUAGUUAUGACACUAACACGGGUAAAUUUACUGCACCGGUACGCGGCCUGUAUCAUUUUACGGCGCAUGUUUGCAACUCAUUCGGGUUAGUCAUACAUUAUGCUAUUGUCAUGGACGAUGAAUGGAUUGUCGGAAGCCAGCAGUUUGAGCAAGCCAAUGAAAAUAACAACAAAUACGCUAGCUGUAGCUCCGUCAGUGCCCUAAUAAUGAUGGAACCUGGUGCAGAAGUCUGGAUUAUGUCUACUUCCGGAUAUUCUGAAGCCAAACAGAUUUACGAUGACGCGUACCGCCGAAACUCGUUCAUUGGUGUUCUUCUUCGUACAUAAUCUAUCGCGUUCAGAAUCCAAUAACAUUAUGUAUACACAUUCUGCUUUAACAAACGUACUUUCCCACGCUUCAAUAAUCGUAAAACAAUUCAGCUAUUAUUUACAUUUACUAGAAGAAAUGUUAUUUUGUAGUUAUGCUAUGUUAAGAUCUAUCUUCGUCGAACGCAAUGCGCAGUUGGUCUGCAUGUUUAAAAGUUUAUCAGCUUAAUUUAAGGGUAAAGAAGCCUGAAAACAAGUUAAUUUUAUAUGAAAGCCAUCAUCAAGCCUUUCAUAACGCUGAAAGAAUUUUUAAAAUCGGACAACUAUUGAAAAAGAUAUGGCAGUUUGAAAUUUAAGAAAAUAUCUGAUAAUGGAGGCAGCCAUUUUAGUGUGUUUAUGACGUCAUUUACACACUGCUGAAUAAUUUAUUUAGCAAAUAACCAUUUAAAAGACUAAUUUUCAUAUGUUUCUUGAGUGUAAGAUGUAAAACAUGAUAAUUUCUUUCAUUAUAGCUGGAAAAGUAGAGAAAUUAUUUUACAGUUUUAAGUAAACGCAGUUCAAAUGUGUAUCUAAAAAUUUAUUAAAUCCGCCAUUUUGUUUUUUGUUGCCAUAGAAACAAAAUGGCCGCCAAUUUGACCAAAUAUUUAAAUGCGCAUAACUUUCUCAUUUUUACUCCGAUUCUGAAAAUUCUUUCGCUUCUUUAGAUGAUUUAAGAAAUCCCAACUGACAAAAUUAACAUUAGAACAACGUUGCCUUUCCCUUUAAAGAUAUAUCGGACAGUUUCUAUAUGUAUAUAGGCAAAACUUUUCAUACGGACAGAAGUUCUUUAAACUUCAUGUACUUACUGAGAGUCAAGCACAAAGACGGAAAUAUGUAUUUAAAUUUUAAGUACCUGGGCUCGAUCUUGAAUUGUCUGUCCUUGAAAAUCAGAAAAUACUAAAAAAUCUAAUUUUCAAUGGCAGAUAAUUCAAUAUCAAGGCAAGGAAAAUAUGCGUUUUAUUUGAUAUUUCUGUUUCAGACUUCAUUUGAACUCAGUAUACAAAGUUUAAAGAAAUUCGGUCAAUGGGAAAGAUCAGGACCUUGCGGUAUCAUUUUGUCAUGUUCAUAGUUAAGGACAUUUGCCACAGUGUCUAUAUUAGCAUGGGGCAAAAUUUUCUUACGGACAGAAUUUCUUCUUUAAACUUUGUUUACUGACAGAGAAUCAAAUCAAAAACGGAAAUAUGAAAUAAAACAAAUCCUAUGUGCUCAGCCUUGGUCAUGAAUUAUCUGCCCUUUUAAGUCGGAAAAUACUGGGAAAAAUCUAUUUUCAAGGGCAGAUAAUUCAAGAUCAAGACCGGGUAUCUAUGAUUUUUAAUACAUAUUUCUGUUUUAAACUUGAUUCUCAGUCAAUACAUAAGAAAUUAUGUCCGUAUGAAUUUUUUUGGCGUAUAUGCAUAUAGAUAGCUGUUCCAUAUGUGUUUUAAUGUGGAAUAAGAAGUUUAAUAUGAAAGAUAAGCUCACCGACAUGCUUAUAAAUUUGCCACAACAAUAAUGUUCCAAUAGAUCAAAACAAUUGCACAUUGUAUUAGACUUGGAAUUAAUGAGAUAAAAUAUAAUAGUCCACUUUACUUAAUUAUUGAGAAUUUUUUAUGUUAAAAGCGGCAGACCUGUUAUCAAAUGCUUGUGUUUGUCUUAGUACUGAUUAAAAUAAAUCACUACCAGAUGUGGUUUGGCUUUAUCCAGGAAUAUGACUAUUUUAUAAAGGUUAUGCUUCAUCCUUUACAAGGGGAGCUGCAAUGGCUGUGAGGUUAAGUUCGGAGACUUACGAAUCACUUUUCCUUCACCACUUCGGGUUGGAAACCUCGUUUCAGGUGUAGAAAUAUUUCAUGUGAGGAAACAAACAAAGUAUUUUGCUUCGUUUGUUUGCUUUGGGUUUAACGCCGUUUUUUCAACAGUAUUUCAGUCAUGUAAUGGCGGGCAGUUAAUCAACCAGUGUUCCUGGAUUCUGUCUCAGUACAAACCUGUUCUCCGCAAGUAACUGCCAACUUUCCCACGUGAACCAGAGCCGGAGGACGAGUGAUUUCAAAAACAAAGUUUUUAUCAAAGCGUUGCGGAGAACAUACGCCCGAGGAUCGAACUCACGACCCCGCGAUCCGCAGACCAACGCUUACUGAGCUAAGCGGGCGGGCGGUCAAGUUUUUUUCGGAAUAUCGAUGGUUCUACUCAGGAAUCCCUCAUGCCUGAAAUAAUUCUUGAAGGGCCAACUGGAGACUUUAUAUUAGAAGCCGGAAAGUCGCCAUAUGACCUGUCUUUCAUUUGGUAUGGCAUUUAACCAAACAAUAUCAUCGGAUAACAGUUUGAAUCUAAUGCAUUUACCCAAAGUCGAUUUUGAUAUCAAAUUUAACAACAUAGAAUAUGUACUAAAGGUAUGACAAAUUUAAAAAGAAACACAAUUUUAGUUGUAUGAAACUAAUAAGCAAAAUCAAUGACUAGUAAGCAUUUCCGUGUUGUUAGCCAUUUUCGGGUUUCAAUGUUUUCAACAUUUGACUAUUGACCACACCUGACUUUAGUUAUUGUAUCGGUAAAAAUUGUUAAAUGAAAACAAAAUGUUGUUUCAGUGUCUACUUUUUAUUAAGCUGUAUUGAGAAAUUAUUAGCAACAUUCAAUGCCGUAAUAGUCUGUCUUAUAAUUUCAAUUCAGUUUUACUUGUACUUCCCGUUUUCGGUAAAAACAAGGAUCAUUAUUAUCAAUUUGAAUUACUUGUGUUUCAGCCCGCCUAUUGUACGUUGUAUUCUUGUACUUUGUUAUCAUAUUAUUAUACCAUGUAAUUGUAAUGUCAUAUGUAUAGCCUGAUAUGGAUAUUAAAGUGUCUGUCUGUCUGUCUGUA